AUGAGAAACACCGAGGAGAAACAGCCGGAGAGCGAAGAAACAGCCGGAGGAGAAACAGCCGGAGAGAAACACCGGAGGAGAAACAGCCGAGAGAAACAGCAGGAGAAAACAGCCGGAGGAGAAAGACAGCCGGAGGAGAAACAGCCGGAGGAGAACACAGCCGGAGAAGAAACAGCCGGAGGAGAAACAGCCGGAGAAGAAACAGCCGGAGAAGAAACGAGUCAGCGAGAAACAGCCGGAGUAGAAACAGCCGGAGAAGAAAACAGCCGGAGGAGAACAGCCGGAAGGAAAAACACCGGAGAAGAAACACCGAGGAGUAGCAGCCGAGAAGAAACGCCGGAGAAGAACAGCCGGAAGAAGACAGCCGGAGGAGAAACCGCCGGAGGAGAAACGACUGAGGAGAACAUCCGAGGAUAA